AUGAUCAAGUACCACGUGUCGCGAAGCGCCCGACUCUGGGCUUACUGGAGCACCCUGCCACAUCGAAUGCUCAAGAAAUACCCGGAGCAAACUAUCUUCUACGCGACUUUCGGAGUAGCCACACUAUUGAUUGGCGGAUAUAAAAUGAAGAAGUACUUGACAGAAAGUGAUAAGCCAUUCUACCGCGGAUACUACGACGUCGUCCGUUCCAACGACCCAAUCGCACAAAAUUGGAGAAAACCAGAAGAAUAUCCAGCACCGUAUCUUCUUUCAAGUGUUGAGACAGCUCAUUGA